GCCCUCGGUGUUCAUACUAUUCAGGUGAUUUAAUUUUUAACGCAUAUUUAGUCAGUUAAGAUCUGUUGCUAAAUUGAGUUCAGCAAAAAAAAUAUGCUGCUGGUGUUUUUAAUAUUAUUGGUGGGAUCUGUGAUAUCUCAAUGCAUUGCGACAAAAGACCAAACAACAUGUAGUCAUCCUGCAAAGGGUAAUCCGAAAUUUCCAUCAAACUUCACCUUUGGUGUAGCAACUGCAGCAUAUCAGAUUGAAGGUGCAUGGAAUAUCGAUGGCAAAGGUCCAUCAAUUUGGGAUGACUUUACACACAAUUAUCCGCACAUGAUAGAUGACAGAACAACUGGUGACAUUGCUGCUGAUUCAUAUCACCGUUUUAAUCAGGAUUUGAAGGCGUUAAAAGAACUUAAGGUCACUCACUAUCGUUUCUCCAUUUCUUGGUCAAGAAUCUAUCCAACUGGUGAUAUUUCAUCAAGAAAUCAAAAAGGAAUCGACUAUUACAACGGUGUAAUCGAUAAACUUCUAGCAAACGGAAUUCAACCCAUGGUCACAAUGUUUCACUUUGAUUUGCCUUUUGAGCUUCAAAAAAUCGGUGGUCUAGCCAAUCCUCUUAUAAUCAAUUAUUUCGUCACAUAUGCAACUGAAUUGUUUGAAAAUUAUGGUGAUCGGGUAAAAUCUUGGGUAACUUUAAACGAACCCUUACUUUACUGCAAGUCUGGCUACGGUGAAGCAAACUAUCCACCUCAAAUUGAAGGAGCUGGAAUAAUUGACUACCUUUGCAUGGAUCAUUCAUUAAAGGCACAUGCUGCUGUAUAUCGUGUUUAUAAAUCGAGAUUCUACAACAGACAACAUGGAAAAGUGGGAAUAGCUCUAGACAGUCAGUUUUCACUUUCAAAUGAUUCAGCUGUUGUCAAUCGGGCUAUGCAGUACAAUUUAGGAUUCUUUGCUCAUCCGCUAUUUAGCAAAUCCGGUGGAUAUCCAAAAAUUCUGGUAGAAGAAAUCGCAGAAAAUAGUUUGAAAGAAGGCAGAAUUGAAUCUCGACUUCCAGACCUUAGUGGCAAAUGGAAGCAUAUUAUAAAGGGUGCAGCUGAUUUUGUAGGUAUCAACUAUUACACCAGCAGGUAUGUUGUUCGGGCUAAAACACCAAAUGGAAAGAAUCCAUCAUUGGAACGUGAUUAUGAUUUGGAUGAAAUUAGUGAUCCGAAAUGGACAAGGGGACUAUCACGUUGGUUGUAUUGUGUUCCAGAAGGAAUGGAAAGUAUUUUGAAGUUUAUUCGUGAUGAAUAUGAUAAUGUUGAAGUUAUUAUUACGGAAAAUGGUUAUUCUGAUAAAGGAGAUCUGAACGAUUUGGAUCGAAUUCAUUAUUUAAAGAGUCAUUUACAAGCAGUUUUAAAUGCUAUUAACGAUGGUUGCAAUGUUAGGGGAUAUAUUUAUUGGAGUCUCAUUGAUAAUUUUGAAUGGCAAAGAGGGUAUUCCGUUAAGUUUGGUCUAUAUUCUGUAAAUAUGAGCAGUCCGGCAAAAGAAAGAACACCGAAGAAAUCGGCAGAGUACUACAGAAGGAUUAUUGAAACGCACAGUAUUCCAGAUGAUAUUUAAGAUUUAGUUGAUUUUUUAAGUAUUAUUUAUAUUUAAGCGAUGGUAUUCAACAAUUGUUGACUUUUAAGGUUUUACAAACAGACCGAAAAUUUAUUUUACAACGAAAUAUUUUUUUUUUUUGUUAUCUAAAUCAAUAUUAAUAUUUUAUAUCAAAUUUUAAGUAUAUAUGUAAACUAACUAAUAUAAUCGAAUGAUUUUUCAAAAAUUCUUUGAAAAUGGUUAACACAUAACUAGAGAGAAAUAUUACACGACUGGAUUGCACCCAUGUAACUUGCUCUUAUGUAUGUAUUUAUGUAUAAACCUUGAAUUGUUAAAACAACUUAUUUAAAAAAAAAAAUGUAAUAGGUAUAUUUAAUUGUAGUACAGGUAAAAUAGUACAUAAAAUCAAGAAAUAAAACAAAAUUGUUCCACUCAUGAAA